AUGAGCGACGUGAGGUGCGGCGUGACGGCGGCACGCACCAACCCCCAGUACCCUAACGCCCGCCAGGGCCACCACCCGCUCAGCAUCACCGAGAGCCGGGGAGUCAUGCUGCGCAGGCGAGCUGCCGGCUGGUUCGAGCUGCGCAACACCUACAUUCACGAUGUAACCGUCACCAGCGGCAGCUCCCUGAAUGUCAUCAUGGACGGCAAGGGCGUGGACCUGAAUCUGGACCACCACCGCACCGCCCCCUGGGGCAACUUGUUCACCAACCUGCACUUGGGGUGCGGCACCCGCCCCUUUGCCAGCGGCGGCAAGAAGACGCGAGGCGCCUACUCGGGCAUCCUCAACACCUACUACAACCUUCGCCGCGACCCCGGCCUUGACAACAAGACAAGGGUGCCGCUGCCAGAGUGCGCCUUUGGCGCGCUGCUCAAUUUCGUGGGCCCCUUCGGCGGCCCGCGGUGCCCCGCCGUCAAGUGGUACAUUGCGGGGCUGCCACGUACCGCCCAGCCCAACCUGUACUACGCCCAGCGCCUGGCCAGGGCAAAGAAACUUAGGGCAGCUGGCCGCUGA